AGCCCUUCGGUGGGUGUGGAUUUUGUAGUUGGUUCUGUUGCAGCCAGUUGUCGGCCAUAAUGGUUUUCGACGCGUGCUGCCUCAGCCCUGAGGAGGCUGAACAGAAAGCUAGAUCGCGGAAAAUAGACAGACAGAUAGCUCAAGAGAAAGUUCAAUACCGUCGCCAGGUUAAAGUCUUACUUUUAGGGGCCGGAGAGAGCGGAAAAAGUACGUUCCUAAAGCAAAUGCGCAUCAUCCAUGGCAAGGAUUUCGACAUUGAUGCUUUGAAUGAAUUUCGUCCCAUCAUAUACAGUAACAUUCUAAAGGGCAUGAAAGUUUUGGCUGACGCUCGAAGGAAGCUAAGAAUAGAAUGGGAAUAUCCUGCUAACCAGCAGUACGCUGAAAUAAUUUUAAACUUCCAAGGUCCUCAAAUAAUCGACACGGACCUUUUCUUAAGGUACUUCGAUUGUGUGAAGCGGUUAUGGCGGGAUAGGGGAAUUCAAGAUGCAUUCGACAGAAGGAGAGAAUUUCAGUUGGUAAGCUUGUGCAUUUGAUACUUUGUUGAUAUGAUCUGUGGUAGGUUGAAUUUUUGUAUCGUAGAAAGAGUUUAUAGCCCUUGCCAAAAAGCGGCUUCGCGAUCGAUGUACUACUACCGCAAACAAUGUAUUAUGCAUAACACAGAACCCAUCGACUAUUAUCAAGUUCAACAAUGCAGGUUCGAGGGACAUUAAGGCUCUACUCUUUGUCUUUUUCUAUUUCCACAGAUUUUGUGUGUAGUUUCAGCACGCAACUCGAUCGUUUACUUUUGAUUAACAACGCCUGCAAGCAGUCUUUCAAGGGAUUACAGAUCGGGGAAAAAAAUUGGUCCGCCGAUUUAAUAUGAUAUCAAGACACAAUACAUCUACAACUGAUCUGAUCUUGUUCUCCUUGUUUUUAACCACCAUUUUGGUCCCAUGAUCAAACUGCAGCAGCUGGAAAGUCAGACAUUCCUUUUGAAAUUAGCUCACUUUUAGAAAGCAAAGUAUUUAGUGAAACACCAGUCUAAAUUGAAAUUGAUUGUAUCGUAUUUAAGUCAACUUCGUAUGCAAUAUGGGAGGGUGAAAUUGACAUUCUUCCAUGCGUGUUUCGUCUCUCUUUAAUCAUAUUUUCUUUUCUUAGGGCGAUUCAACCAAAUAUUUUUUCGACAAUUUGGAUCGGGUUGGUCGUCCGGUAAGUAUAAAUUUGCCUUCUGAUGUUGCUUUUCUUUCAUUGUGUCAGAAGGACAUUCAAUCGAGGUUUAUGUCUUGUUCAAAGUGUAAACAUGCCGACAAAGAGAACCAAUUUUAAGGAAUGUAUCGUUGUUAAUUUCCUUUUUUGCCCUGGUAUUUUUUUGAUAGCGAACAGACCUGUUCAAAUAUUAAAUCAGACCCAGUAAAAAUGUGAUUAUUAUCAAUAUUUUAUAAAUUGAUAAUUUCGACGCAGAUGGAAGGAUUUCAAAAGACUGAUCAUUUCUAGAGUACCGCACUGUAAUGUAGAGUGUAAAUUUGGCAUUGUUUACCCUUUUUUAGUCUGUGGUUUUCAUAUUUUCAUGGAAAAACUUAGAAUUUCCUUUUAAAUUUAUUUCAUAUCUUUAAAUUUUUUAGAUAUCUUAAGCAUGUUUGGAUACUUAAAUAAUAGGAGCAAGUACUUAAAAAUCAAAACUUCCUUUUUCAUCGAAAGCACGCCCUCCAAAAAUUGCUGAGCAUUUUUGAAAAUGAUUAACAAAGGUAGCUUUCAUGACAUCAACUUGGUAUUUAUGUUAAAGAGAUUUUCAUUUAUCUGGUACAAAAGCUAAGUGCCUUAUGCAAGUGUUUAAAGUGGCCAUACAAAGAUAUUUUUAUUAACAUUGAUCUAUAAAGUUUAAAUCCUUGUAGAAUUGAAAGUGCAUGUCAUUGCCCUUAACGAAUAUUGCUUCAGAUGUGUUUCAUACAAAACAUUUCCUCUGUUUUGCUAUGAAAGAUGCUAGUAUGGUCAUUUUCAUGUCUAAUAUGAUAAAGCAAUUUAGAUUGCAAUAAGUUCAUCAACACAAUGUUUCUCUUUUGAAGUUCUAUGGCUUUGUGUCUUUGGGUUAUAUCUUGUACAUUGCCUCGUUAGAGAAUGGAUGUUUUUAUGUGUACCAUUUGGAUGAAAAGAUGGCACAAAAGCUACAACUUGUGCUCAACCUUAUGCAGUGCAUUAAACAUACUGCUUUUAAAAGCUUUGUAGGAAAUGACCAAUAUUGUAUUGUUGGUGUGUCUGCAUACUUAAAGUUUCCAUAGCAAAAUAAAAAGUAACUCCUAGAACUUAUGAAAGCUCUAGGUUUAUUGAAUGCCUGGAUCAAAUUUUGUUUACUCAGUUCAUUGUCAAGUUACUGUGUGAUUUCUCUGCGAAUGAAAUUCUUUGUGAUCCCAGCCAAGAUUAAUUUGACCUACUAUUAGGACUUGCCAGAAGUACAAUAUCUCUUUAACUGAUGGUUUGACUAGGCAUUAGACAUUUUACUUUCUGGUAUUCUUGCUGUAGUCUUUCUAUUGAGUCCUCUUGCAGUAGUUCUGCGUAUCAGCUGAAAUCAAGUACUUCAAAUAGAUCAACAGAACAAAAGGCCAGAAGUUGUAAAUGUUAAAAGGAAAUGAACUUUGGCAAACAGUAACAUUAAUCUUUCUUUGUUGGUGCUGUUCAUACUUUUCUUGUUGAGUAAAUGUCAAACUUGUGCAUUUAAACAAAAAAAAACCAGUUUUGCCAAUACUUAAAACCAUACAUUCUUUUGGUCCUCACUACCCUAUUGUAUUUAUAAAUGUAAUACUGUUAAAAAAUUACUUAUGUACUCAAGUUGUAUGUGCUGUAAGCAAUGGCACACCUUUCAACUUGCUUAUUGAAACAAAACUAUUUACCGGUACACAUAAGCCCAACCCUGACUUGUAACUGUUUUUCACUAUAAGCAGUACAAAGGGAAAAAAAUUCAAACAUUGUGGAAGGCAGUGCCGUAGCCAGACCAAACGGCCAACCGAGGCAGGCGGGAGUUGCUAGGGGGGUUCGGGGGCAUUUGCAGCGUUUUCUGGGCCUUUCGGUAACUUUUUUUCGAGUUAAUUUAAGUGGAAUUUAAAAAGCAAUAAUCAGAAACAAGCUACAUAGUCUGGGUGACCGUUAACCUCGCCAAUGGUUUUGAUCAGUAUUUGUUCAAAAAAAAUUUGAGUUAACGUACGUAGCCCCUUGAGAUCGAUGAUAUGGUAAUUUUUUCAUAGUAUAUUGACUGAAUUGCUGAAUUCUUUGUAAUAUCAUGAUGCAUUAAAAAUAUCUGAUGAUCGCUUAUGUAAAAUAAAAAUGAUCGGCGAAAUUCGUCAAAAUUUUACCGAGGCGAGUGCCUCGGUUGGCCUCAUACUAGCUACGGCGCAGGAAGGUCUGUUUACCUGAGAUGUAAGUUAGGUUUCUGUAAAAUAGGCUGGCCUUAGUAGAUCAGAUGUAACCAAAGCAAUUUUAUGACGUCUCUGGCGUCAGGUCACAAAUCAGGUUCCUUUUCUUAUUCCAAGUCACUGUGUAUGAUCCAUAUAAUUUUAUUAACUGUUCAUGAUAAUCCGUAGCCAAGAAGUAGGCCCUUUGCAACUAGUGAUUCACAUGGUACAAAACCACCAUGUUGGACAGCAAGGUACCCACUGGGACAAAACAAACAGAAAACUCACAUCUUUUAAAACAGUAAUUUACUUUAUUUGUCCUCUCCCAGUGUUUCUCUUGCUCUCUAUCAUGACGGUUUUGUAGCACGUGAAUGGCUAGCUGCAAAGGGCCUAUUAUGCCUUUUAACAUACUUGUCCAGCUAAAGAUGACUGGAAAAGUGCCAAAUAUUGUAAAGCAGUAGUGACAUUUACUUGGGUUUGUCCUGGUCAAGUAACUCCAGGGAUUAGUUUUUAUUCAUUUUAUUCAUGCUUUGUUCUUUAUCAAAGGACUACUUGCCCACAAGACAAGAUGCUCUUCAUGCAAGGAAAGCAACAAAGGGCAUUGUGGAACACGAAUUUAUCAUUAAGGGAAUCCCCUUCAAAAUGGUUGAUGUUGGUGGUCAGAGAUCUCAAAGAGCCAAGUGGUUUCAGUGCUUUGAUGAAGUAACCUCGAUUCUUUUCUUGGUGUCGUCAAGUGCGUAUGAUCAAGUUCUUAUGGAGGAUAGAACAACAAAUCGUCUUGUGGAGUCAUGCAACAUCUUUGAGACUAUAGUCAACAACAAAUUCUUUGCCAAUGUGUCAAUAAUCCUUUUUCUCAACAAAACAGAUCUUUUAAUGCAAAAGAUCAAAUAUGCAAAUAUAAAGGACUACUUCCCAGCUUUUCAAGGGGAACCGCGAAAAUUGGAAGAUGUGCAGAACUUUAUAUUACAGAUGUUUGACAGCAAGCGUCGAGAGAGGUCUAAAGCCCUUUUCCAUCACUUUACAACGGCAAUCGACACAGAAAAUAUCAAGUUUGUUUUCCAUGCGGUGAAGGACACUAUAUUACAAGACAAUCUCAAGUCUUUGAUGCUCCAGUAA